AUGUGUUCCACCAGGCCGGGUGCCAGGGUUGUGUGUGAAGCUGCCCUGGCCCGUGUGGAGGCUGUAGCUCGCCAUCAAGGGGCCAGGGAUCUCUUUACAGUAGAUCUCGCCUCUGCUGAUCGCAUGAGGACGAAAGCCGACAUAUGGGAAACAAUGAGACGAGUGGUACGACAGAGCAAGUUUCGGCACGUGUUUGGGCAGGCGGUGAAAAAUGACCAGUGCUAUGACGACAUCAGAGUUUCCCGUGUUACCUGGGAUAGUUCUUUCUGUGCCGUUAAUCCCAAAUUUGUUGCGAUAAUCAUAGAGGCUAGCGGUGGUGGUGCCUUCCUGGUUCUGCCUUUACAGAAGCUCUUUGAAGUACUUCAUUUCCUGGCUGAGAAUUUCAUAUUUUCUUAUAUGGGUUUAGCCCUGUUUACUUUCCAGAAGCACAUAUUCAGCCCUAUUUUCAUCAUUGGAGCUUUUAUAGCAAUUUUCCUUGGGAGAGCUGCACACAUCUACCCACUCUCUUUCUUCUUGAAUUUGGGCAGAAAGCACAAGAUCAGCUGGAAUUUUCAGCACAUGAUGAUGUUUUCAGGUCUUAGAGGAGCCAUGGCCUUUGCUCUAGCCAUAAGAGACACUGCAACUUAUUCUCAUCAGAUGAUGUUUACUACAACGCUUCUGAUCGUCUUCUUUACUGUUUGGAUAAUUGGCGGUGGCACAACCCCCAUGCUUUCCUGGUUAAAUAUAAGAGUUGGCGACCAUGUUCCAUCGGUGGAAGAGAUGAAUGAAAGCCGCUGGCUUUACUUCAGAGUUGGAGUCGACCCAGAUCAAGACCCACCACCCAGCAACGACAGCUUUCAAGUCUUACAAGGAGUGAGUAAUUAACUCUCCAAACAGGUCGAUGAUGCUGAAAUUCUACUUUGACAAAUUUGUUUGCAUUUUUAAGUGUUAAAUAUUUGGUGCCAGCUGCACACUGGAUUCUACAAAAUGUUUAUUGCCUCUAAUUUUUCUUCCUUGAUCGCAUUACAUGAAAAGUUGAUGUCCUUGAUCAGGAAGCUUUUUGUAAAGGACAAACUGGCAGCCAGAGCUAAACCCAAGUUAACAGCAGCAAAACAGGUGGCCAAGUCACUUUGUGGUUCUGAUACUGCAUUGAAAGGAUUAGGGUUAACAUGUUAACACUUCUGGAGGUUGGUCUGGUCUGGCAUUUAUCAAAUCCUUAAUUACUUCCCCCAAGGCUGGCAUACAAAGCUUACUUAAAGGGAUUUCAGAGGCAAGGUAAUGCUUUUUCUGGACAGCAAUGGGAGAGUGCUCAACCCGUUACCGUAUCUUUGAGUAUGUGAGAGAAAUCUUGCUUUCAUAUGAAAUCAGAGGCUUACAACUCAACUACAAGCAAUUAAAGUUUAAAAGAAGGUGGACCAACUUCAGAAAUAACCCAGAUUUUUAAAAAUUGUACAAUGCUUUCAAAACCAUUGAUCUUAAAGACUGCUUAGUAUUCAGCAAAGAAAUGUGUGUAUUUUUAAAUGUUGUUACUACAUGGAGAAGGCGACAUGUGAGUGUGUGGUGUUACCUUUCUUUCCAAGGUGGAGGAAUUGCCACUUAUUGGAAUUUUUCCUGUGUCUUCGUUAGAUCAUAAUAACAUUAGGUGAGGAAAUGCCCCUCUUCAUGAGGAACAACUCCUUUGGUUGUCAGUAGGUAUAAGCAUUAAAUACCAGAGUAGAAGUAAGCUGAAGGUAAGCACUUCCAUCCCCAACAAGCUUCACAGAACUAAACAAUAAACCCCAGUUGUCAGACACAGACUCCAAUGGCUGUGCUCCCUGUGUCAGGAAAGAUUGAAGGAUCCAGAGAUGUCAUCGCCCAUGUACUCUCUCCUCUGUCUUUUCUGUUGACGUGUUUGUUUCAGGAAACCAUUGC